GACCCUGCGUGGGAGCCAUGGAACAGCUGGGAGAGCCAGGGCUCAGGCGUGAGUGCUCAGGGACAGGGCAGAGUCCCCCGGUGCUGGAGCAUCUGCCAGCAGUGACUGGGGGGCCACACCGGGCUGGACAAUCCUCCCUGCGGGGCCGGCGGGGACCCUCGGGGAGCAGGAGGAGGAUCAGCCGUGCCCGAGUGAAAGGGAAAGGCCAGCUGAAGCUGUCCAUCGAGGUGCGGGGCCGGACGCUGAUGCUGCACGUCAUGGAAGCAAAAGGUCUGAUGGGAACAGAGUGCUCUGCAUGCGACUCCUACGUGAAGAUGUCCAUUGUGCCAGAUGCUGAUUGGAAGUGCAGGCAAAAGACGAAGACUGUGCCAGACAGCAAAAAUCCUGUGUUCCAUGAGCACUUUGUGUUCCCAGUGCAAGAGGAGGAUGAGCAGAAGCGUCUCCUGGUCACAGUCUGGAACAGAGAGAGGAAUUCCAGGCAGAGUGAACUGAUCGGCUGCAUGAGCUUUGGGGUGAAGUCCCUCCUGUCCCUGGACAAGGAGAUCAGUGGCUGGUAUUACCUGCUCGGGGAGGAGCUGGGCAGGACCAAGCACCUGAAGGUGGCCAUGAGGAGGCUGAAGCAGAGCACAGAGGUCAACCCAGGAAGUCAAAGUGCAGCCCAGGAGAGCCAGGACGCUGUGACCCUGCAGCAGCUGAAGAUCACGAUCCCUCGAGGCACUGAUGGCUUUGGCUUCACAAUCUGCUGCGACUCCCCAGUCCGUGUGCAGGCAGUGGACUCUGGUGGCCCAGCAGAGAAGGCAGGUCUGCAGCAACUCGACACGGUGCUGCAGCUGAACGAGCAGCCUGUGGAGCACUGGAAAUGUGUGGAGCUGGCACACGAAAUCCGGAACUGUCCCACGGAGAUCAUCCUGCUGGUGUGGAGGCUGGUGCCUCAGGUGAAGCCGGCCCACGAGGGCAUGACCCGCAGGUCCUCCUGCAAAUCCACCUACGACCUGCAGUCCCCUCCCAACAAGCGGGAGAAGAACGGCCCCGCGCAGGCGGAGCAGCGCCGCAGCUGCCACAUCCUCUACGAUGGCACCGAGGGACUGGGGCUGCACACCUGGGACAGGUACACGGAGCUGGGCAAGCGGGGCCAGAACACCCUGCCGGCCCUGUCCCGGGUGCCCUCGGCUGCAGACCAGAACUACAUCAUCCUAGCUCCGCUGAACCCCGGCAGCCAGCUGCUGAGGCCCGUGUAUCAAGAGGACAGCACUACUGUGGGGAAUGCCUGUAAAGGGAAAUCCCACACGGGCUCUGGGAGGAAAUCCAGGCUGAUGAAAACUGUGCAGACCAUGAAGAGCUACGGGAACUACCAGAACUGCACCAUAGUGAGGCCCCACAUCCCCCACUCCUACGGCACCUACGUGACCCUGGCUCCCAAAGUGCUGGUGUUCCCCAUCUUCGUGCAGCCCCUGGAUCUUUGCAACCCAGCCCGGACUCUGCUGCUGUCAGAGGAGCUGCUCCUUCAUGAGAGCAGGAACAGGACUACACAGGUGACUCUCUUUGUCUACUCUGACCUGCUGCUCUUCACCAAGGAGGAUGAGCCCGGGCGCUGCAACGUGUUGAGGAACCCUCUGUACCUGCAGAGUGUCAAGCUCCAGGAGGGUUCCGAAGAUCGGAAGUUCUGCAUCCUUUACCUGGCAGAGAAGUCGGAGUGCUUAUUAAGUUUGGAGGCUUACUCCCAGGAGCAGAAGAAGAGGAUCUGCUGGUGUCUGGCUGAGAACAUCACCAAGCAGCAACAUCCAGCAGCAGCUCCUACGGAGAGCAAGAUGCUGGAGACGGACGCCGAGAAGCCGGGGCAGAUGCACUCGGAGGAUGGGAAGGCAGCAGCAGUGGGUGAUGCCCCUCUGGUUGCCAAGGCAGCGGCUCCGGCCGAGCCCUGGGACGCUCUGGGAGCCACCCAGGCUCCUCUCCUGGCGGAAAAGCAGCCGGUGGCCACCGCAAAGGGAGAGGAGCAGCCCAGCUCCCUGCCAGCCUUUGUCAUCCCCGAGCUGCGCCUCGACAGCACCUUCAGCCAGGACCCGGUGGGCCCGGUGGGCAGCACCACGGACGGCGAGGACGAGGAGGAGGACGAGGAGGAAGACGAGGAUGAGGAGGACGAGGAGGAGGAGGACAGCGACGAGCAGUACCUGGACAGGAACGAGCUGAAGCGCAGCAGCAUGAUCGAGACGUCGGGCGGGCAGCCCGGCUACACCCUGAGCGUGCAGGGCUCGCUGCGGCGCCGCACCCACAGCGAGGGCAGCCUCCUGCAGGAGGCCAAGGGCCACUGCUUCACCUCCGACACCACCCUCAACUGCUCCGACAGCCAGGGCACCGCCGCACACUGGGCACUGCCCUCCCCCAGGACCCUCAAGAAAGAGCUCGUCAAAAACGGCGGCUCCAUCCACCAGCUCACGCUGCUCUUCUCGGGCCACAGGAAGCUGAGUGGAGCAGACCCUGAGUGCAGCUGUGACGAAGGGGACGAGACCUCCCGCAAGAAACGGAGCAGGAGCCUAGCCAAGGACAUGAAGAACCGGCUGGGGAUUUUUCGGCGGCGGAACGAGUCGCCCGGGGCCAACCCCUCCGGCAAGCUGGACAAAGUGCUCAAAUCUCUCAAGCCCACUCCCGAGGAAGCGCUCAAGUGGGGGGACUCCCUGGAGAAGCUGCUGCUGCACAAAUACGGGCUCGCUGCCUUCAGGGCCUUCCUGCGCACCGAGUUCAGCGAGGAGAACCUGGAGUUCUGGCUGGCCUGUGAGGAGUUCAAGAAGAUCAAAUCCCAGUCCAAGAUGGUCUCCAAGGCCAAGAAGAUCUUCGCUGAGUACAUUGCCAUCCAGUCCUGCAAGGAGGUCAACCUGGACUCCUACACACGGGAACACACCAAGGAGAACCUGCAGAACAUCACCCGCAGCUGCUUUGACCUGGCACAGAAGAGGAUUUACGGGCUCAUGGAGAAGGACUCGUACCCCCGCUUCCUCCGCUCCGACCUGUACUUGGACAUAAUCAACCAGAAGAAAGGCAGCUCCCCGCUGUAGGCCCAAGGACUGUCUCGGGGCAGGCUGGGAGCUGUGUGUUUACAUGGAAUUGGGCAGUGGAGGCCUCCCCGGGAGCUGGUGGGAGCUUGCGGCCCUGCUCGUGCCCCCAGGCCAUGGACGUGGGGCAGCUGAAGGCACCGAGCUCGGGGCCGAGGGGACCAACAGGCCGAGCAGUCUGGUACUGCUGCACCACCCCGAGCCACCAUCGCUGGUACGACGCCGUCGGGGUGGCCCCGGCAUGGAUUUAGCCAGGAGGGAAGCUCCCACGAGACUACUGUGAAGCACCUGCCCCAGCCACGAGCGUUGCUGGAAGGCGCAGAGUGAGCCCAGCUCGGCGAGCAGGAGGAGGGAUUCUCGUGCAGGGCUCUGGCGAGGGGACAGCAGCACCGACACGAACGUGGUCCCGGAUCAAAGCCUUGUGAGCUGGAGCAGCCCCAGGACGCUGCUGUGCUUCCCCGUGCCGCGGGGCCUCCCGGCUGCCCCCGAGCAGCUCUGGCAGGAGCCCGGUGCUUCCUCGGCUCGUGGUGGGUCCCCCCAGGAGCGACGAGAGCCGGGUCCUUGCCCUGCGCUGGAGGUGUGCAAAGCACCCCCUCCUGCCCUCACCCCUGGUUUAUUUAUUGCCCUCCUGUAGCUGGACACGUUGCUGUGUGAUAGGAGCCCCCUUGUCCUCCCCGUCCCCAAGUUACAAGUGCAAUAUUCGUGUGUGUCGCGGCCGAGUUCUCCGGCGGAGCGGAUGCCUUUUUCUUUUUCCAGGUGUGUAGAUUUUGUAAGGUAGCAGAUUUAGUGUGCCAGACCCAUUCCCUGGCAGCGGGCCGCCGGGGGAGCGUGGUGUAAAUAUCAAUAUAUCCAUGCCCUGACGACGGAGGGGUUGGUGAUGGAGAAAAGCCACUCUGUGCAGCAGCCGCUCUCCUGACUCUGGAUAACAAUGCUGUGUUUGGGAAGGGGGGUUCCUGCUGGCCCUGGCAGGGCGGGAUGCACUGCCUGCCUCCCAGUUUACAGUGCAAAGCAUCUCUGCAGCUAGAAAAAAACCUACAUUGUCAUGGUCAUAGGUAAAUAAAAGGAGAAUAUAAUUUCUUGUA